UUCUUUCCGUUGCCUUUCCUAAAUUCUUCUCAAUGAAGAAGGUGAUCCAGGUCGGCGUCGCCGGCAUCGUCAUCGUUGCCCUCAACAUCUUUGUCUUCCGAUCUAUCUCAGACGUCCCGCGGAUGUUCCUCCUCGUCGGCGGCGGAGGCCCUGGUCUUCUGCAUUGGGUCCGCAAUUGGGUCUACUUGCAUUCCCUCCACAUCUUUCUCUGCAUCGUCUGGCUUCUCCUCUGUUGCCUCGCCUCGUUCACACCUUCCCGAUCUGCCUUCCCGUUGUCUUCCUCCGCUGAUACCCCGCUGCCUUUUCCCGUUAAUUCCGCCUCUACCGAGCCGCUGCCUUUCCCCGUUGGUUCUGCCUCUACCGAGCCGCUGCCUUUCCUCGUUCAUUCCGCCUCCACCAAGCAGCUGCCUUUUCCGGUUAAUUCCGCCUCCACCGAGCCGCUGCCUUCCCCCGUUCGUUCCGCCUCCACCGAGCCGCUGACGUUUUCGGUUAAUUCCGCCUUGACCGAGCCGCUGCCUUCCCCCGUUCGUUCCGCCUCCACCAAGACGCUGUCUUUUCUUGUUAAUUCCGCCGCCACCGUGCCGCUGCCUCCCCCCGUUCGUUCCGCCUGCACCAAGCCGCUGACGUUUCCCGUUAAUUCUGCCUCGACGGAGCCGCUGCCUUCCCCUGUUCGUUCUGCCUCGACCGAUCCGCUGCCUUCCCCUGUUCGUUCUGCCUCCACCGAGCCGCUGCCUUUUCCCGUAAAUUCUGCCUCCACCGAGCCGCUGCCUUCACCUGAAACGCUGCGUUCGCCCGAGCUGCUGCCUGCCCCCGCUGACUCCGCCUCCACCAAGUUGCUGCCUUCCCCCGCUGACUCCGCCUCCACCAAGCUGCUGCCUUCCCCCACUAACUCCGCCUCCACCGAGUCGCAGCCUUCACUCGAGCCGACGCCUUCCCCUGCUGAUUCCGCCUCCACCAAACCGCUGCCUCCCUCAGCUGAUUCCACCAGCGCCGGCCGUGCUCUCUCUCUCGUCCUCUCCGCUGUGUCCAGCGCCCCCAUCGUCUGCCGCAAAUACAACCUCGUACGCUCUCUUGCCGAUCAGAUCCUCAACAGAAACCUCGGCAGUGGCGUGGAAGAGCUCCUGGAGCUCAACCGCGCAGCUCUAGCCGUCGCUUUCGCGAGGACGAUUGCCCUCCUCGAGGUCGCCAUCGAGACGGAGGUGUGCCUGGCAUCGGGGCUUUGGCCGAGUUGGGCCGUGCAGGCGACAGAUGAGCAGCGCGGCGCCUCGGCAGAGAAACUUGCGGCGGAGACGAUGUGGCUUGGGCAAAAGAUGGCGGAGAGCAGGGCCGCCUCGAAAGCUGUGACGAUGUGGGGGUCGAUGGUAAGGCUCCCGGUGCUCGCAAUCUCCGUCAAGCCGUCUCUUCGAAACUUAAUCGUUCGUGUUGGCGAAUUUAUGUUCACGCUUAUCCACUCGGAGGAAUUGGAGGGAAACUCAACAAGCUCCCGACUAGCAAUGCUCAAGGCAUGGCUGCCAUUACUUUGCCAACUUGGGAAGGAGCCAGAUACGGUCAGAAUAUUGCAGACAAUGAUUGAGAAAUUUCCUCACAAGGAGCAAGACGAUAUACUAUCUUUAGCAAUGCUGAAGGCAUGGCUGCCCUUACUUUGCCAACUUGGAAAGAAAGCAGAUGCUGUCAGAUUAUUGGAGAGAAAGAUCAAGAAGUUUACUCAUGAAGGGCAAGGGGAUAUUCUAUCUCUCUGGCUUCGUCACUACACCAGUUGUUCUGAUUUCAAUUGCCUUAACCUUGAAAAUUCCUACAUGCGAUGGUACUCUGAAUCUGAAAAGCUCAAUCUGAAAUGAUAAUUCUGUCUUAUUUCAGUAAAUUAGUGCAUUCACUAUCUAUGGUGGAUAAUAAUAGUCAUAUCA